UCGUCCUCCCGGUCCCACCGCCAAUUUGGCGCCUGCCGACGCCUAGUAGUGUACGAUUUUUUUAUUUAUUUAUGCAUUCCGAAACAAACACUUAAAAUAUCACGCCGGUUCAACUGUUACAGUAAACUCUCAUAGGACAUAUUAAAGUUAGUUUGCAUUUUUUAGGGUAAAUAUAUAGGAAAAAACUGAAACAAUGGGUUUUGAUCAAGGGCGAAUUGAAUUUGACCAUCCAAACUUGACUUAUUUCGCUGGAGAAGUGGUGCAUGGUCGGCUAGUGUUUGAUCAAGAAAAAUCCAAAACUUUCCGAGGAAUUUAUUUAAAAGUAAAAGGAGAAUGCAAUGUCCACUGGACUACAAAUCACUCUCGCCGGGUGAAUGACCGUACUGAGCACUAUACCAAGCAGCACAAUUCUCAUGAAGUCUAUUUUGAACAGAAAUUCUACCUUGUUGGAGGAAAACAUGGUGAAACCACCAUUCAACCAGGCCACCAUGAGUACCCUUUCCAAUGUCUGAUUCCCCCGCACUGUCCAUCGUCAUACGAAGGUGGUAAUGGACGUAUCCAAUAUGAGUUCCGAGUUGUGGUCGACCGAGCUAUGAAGUUUGAUCAAGAGAAGUGUAUGAAUAUCAAAGUGAUUGCCCAAAAGGAUCUCAAUAUGGAUCCUUAUUGCAAAAAACCAAUGGACUUCGUAUUCGAAGAGACGUACUGCUGUUGGUGCAUGAGCUCCGGUUUGUGCGAGGUGACGGCCCACGUGCCACAGUCUGGGUACUGCGCUGGACAAACCAUGAUGAUCGAUCUCGCCGUCGCCAAUAACAGCAACGUCGAGAUCGACACUAUCAAAUUGGAGCUUAAAGAGCAUAAGAGAUUCCGCGCGACUCACGAACCGGACACCCGCAGUGAUGUCCAAGUGAUCGCCAAGCUGAAGAAAGGUCCGAUUGCUGGCAACACCACAAGAAACUGGACGCUAGAGAUGGACAUCCCAAAUAUCGAAGUCUGCAAUGUGGAUGCGUGCCAAUAUAUCGACAUUACUUACACUUUUACCGUGACAGUAGAACCGUCAGGAUGUCACUCCAACUCUGAAGUCUAUCGUCGCUUCAUACUGGGUCACAUACCGUUGAGAGAUACCGACGAAGACCAACCUCCUGAAAUAGUCACCCAACCUACUGCUCCAUUGACACAGUAUCCCAAUCAGCAAGGAAAUCCUCCCCAGGUCCAAACUUUCCAUCCCAAUGUGAACAACGGAGCUCCGUACCCACCUGUAGCAAGUCCUUAUCCAGGAACCAAUUCUCCUUACCCAGGGGCGAAUUCACCAUACCCUGGGGCGAACCCACCUUAUCCAGGGGUGACAUCGCCUUACCCCGCGCCGAACUCUCCUUUUCCAGGGACGACAUCACCCUACCCCUCCUCAAACUCUCCUUAUCCCGGGGCAAAUCCUCCUUACCCUGGUAACCAAGCCCUUCCUUCAGUUUCUCCGUACCCGGUUGGCAAUGACCCAGUACCGAGCCCUGUACAGCCAGGGUUCACGAUGCCUGGAGGUGACAAUUUGCCGACAGUUACGCUGCAUCCAAGUGUAAAUAUGUAUCCUACGCCCUCGAAAAUGUCCCCGUUUGCGAUGGCGAGUGCACCAGAGCCUGGUACCCCAGAUAAUUUCAAAAAUGAUCAGCCAGCAUUUAAUCCCGAGUACUCACAAAAUGAGAAGAAAUAACUAUUUUUUAUAGAAAACUGGAGGGUUAGAUAGAUUGGGAGAUAAUAAUCAUUAUAAUAGAGGUUCCUAUUAUGACCGUUUAAGUCUUUCGUUUAAAUAUAAAAAAAUAUGAAUUUUAUACAUUAAAUGUACCGUAAUACCUCCAUUCUGAUACGCAUAAUAUUAAGAUAAACUUAAGAAUCACAUUUUUUUUUAAUUCAGGUAACUUGAGGACUUCGUGUCUUACUAAUAUUAAUUAAUUAUUAUUGUGAUAGUAAAUUAGGGUAGACGAAACAACAAUAAACAAAUCAAGUUAAUAAACUAUAGUGCCAUAUCUAAAUAGUGUACAGAAAUAAGUGCCUGACAAAAUUGUGCCUAUAAUACGAUUAGAGAUUAAUUGAUUUCUAUAUCCACUAAAAUAUGUGGUCAAAAAGUCUCCGAAAUCACCAUCAUAAUUUUUUUAUAAUUUUAGUUUAUGUUUCAGGCAGUUUAAAGUAUAGUUACUUUUGAAAGUUAAUAUUUGUAAGAACGUUUUAUAAUUGUUAUACGCAUUAAUUACAGUUUAUUACCAUAGUGACGAAUAUAAUAUGCAGUUAUUGUGAUUGAUGUCCACGAAUUUUUUGUAUGUUUUUAAAGUAGGGUCUUAAACCACAGCUUAUUAUAUUUUAUAUUUAUCAUUUAAGUCAAUUGUAAUAUACGUAGCGCGUCGUUCAAUAUGUAAUUUAUGCCAUUUUUUAAGAUUGUGAUAUUGUGUUAAGAAAUACCAGGAAUAGGAUAUGGAUUUAGAUUAGGCAACCAGGGCAGCCGAGGGCCUUAAUACACCUAAGUUGGGAAUCGUACUUCCUCACGAGUAGUGAUUUUUAUACUACACCUUCUUACAAGGAAACUAGAUAACAUUUUUGUAUACCUGAUUUUCAUAUUCUUGCGAAAAUUGAUGCUUACCACAAUAUAGUGAGCCGCGCGAUUGUCGCUUUAUAUUUUUUUCAUAUUUCUUUUAAAAAUCUUAACGCUCCAUUACUUAAGUUUUUGCCAGGAACUUGUUAUUCUUUUGACAUGUUGUCAUAAAUUUAAUAUAUAGAAAGCUUGGCGCCCUGUAAUAGAAUUUCAUAAAUUUUUCCCUCCUGAUUUGGUAUGACAAUAAUGUUGUGCUCCUGCCCCCCUUUAAAGAAGGAAGAAAGCACUUUCUGAGUAGGUGUAGUAUAAAAGGUAAUUUUAAUGUCAUUCAAAGAAGUGGCAGACGUCUAAAAAUGGCAAAAAUAUUGAUUUCGCGCCAGACAAGCCACUGUAAGGUCUAGUCAUUUACUCGGUUUGUAAAUUGUCUAAAGAUAUUAAGUUCAUGCAAGGCAACACUGCUGAUGCAUCUAAUCACCACGCUUUAUAUAAAAUAUAUAAUAUAUAAAAUGUUGCCAUCAUUGGAGAAAGAUUUUCAUCUGCGUGUAAAAGCCGAGUACUUAUAGGAAGUGUUUAGCAUCAGAUAUUGUCAAGUUUCAAUAGUACUUUAUUCUAGGAGCUUCGCACAUUUUUUACGAUUUUAUACAAAGUUAACAAAAGUACAAAUUAAGGAUGACCAUUCAUGUUUUUUGAUAUUUGUAUAAACUCAAUGCGUGCGAAUAUAAAUACUUGGUGCUUUAGAUAUACAAUUAUUUUUUUUAUAAAUAUUUUGCUUGUUUUUUAAAAGAUUAUCUCAUUUUAUAGAAAUAUGUUACUGUAUGAUUGCUUAAUAAAUACGCAAUUUUUAACUAAAUUUA